AUGGGAGCCAGCCACACCCUCCAUCUUUGGUGAGCAAAGGGGGCACAAGGGGCAAGAAAUCCAGGGGGAAUUCAGACAGCGGAGCGUUGGAGCACUUUAUUGGAAGGGGGGAAAUAAUCAUUUCCUUAAUAACAAUUGCAACAAUUUAUUUAACUAAUACAAUAAGGUUAUAACAUAUGUAUCCAUGUUUGUUAACUGAUGUGGUUAAACAAUAUUUUUUUAAAAACUGAGUUUUAGCAAAUCCUUAUUUUCUGAUGAAUAGCCUUUGGACUAUAAUGUAAUUUAAAUAGAAAAUCUUUAGAAAGAUUUUCCCUUCGAAAGCAUUUUAUUUUAAAAAUCGAUUUGAAUUUAAAAAAUCGAUUUGAAUUUUAAAAAUCAGAUUUAAAAUGUAAAAAUCCAAUUUAAAUUUAACAAACAUUAUUUUUAAAAAAUUAUUGAUUUUUAUCCACCCUGAUUAGGAAUUAUAGCUUUACCGGUUGGAUUUCUGCCUUUCUCAGGCUGCCGACACGCACUCUUUUCCCUUUCCUGUUUGCUGGCUGGUCAAAGAUCCACCCUCUUUCCCCGCAGGUACCCUGACCACCCGCCUGGCAAAAGGCACGACGCUUUCGAUACCGGGAACGCCACCUCCCUGUUUUUGGAGCGGGACCGCGUCUACAUGGAGGUGAAGGUCACCGUCUGGGUGGAGAGCCGGGUUGGCGAAGGCGUUCCUCCUCUGCGGUCGAACAACCUCACCCUGGUGAUCAACCAAGCCGGUAGGCUGGAAACAGCAAGCAGGGUGGGAUAGAUGACUUUGGGGGUCCCUUCCCAAUCGACAUCCCUAUGUUUCUAUGAGCUGGGGAUAUACAGCAUGCAAAAGAGGAGAUAUGAGCAUAGCUGUCAAGCGUCCCUUAUUUGGUGGGAAACUCCCUUAUCCCAGCGCCAUGUCCCACUGCUGUCCCUUAUGGAUGAUGUCCCUUAAAUUUCCCGGGUUUCAAAGGAAGCAGUUCCUCUCCCUCCCUCUCUGCUGGCCAACUCCAACUGUGUUGCUUGGCUGCGUUGCUCACCCAAUAAGGAGUCUGAGAAGGACUGGAGGGUGGAGCUUGCAUGCUUUCUGCCGAUCAAAUCGGCCGCCUUGCCUGGGGACUCGCCUUUGCUCAGCGCUUCCCAGCGGAGAGGUGACGGUGGUUUUCCUUGCUGCAUCCCCUUUGCCGGGUUGCUGCGCUGUGGGAACCACCGCUUGAGGCUUCGUUUGGCUGCUGGCUGGGCUUUCUGCUUUUGGCUCGGAGGGGCUCAGAAGUUGAACAUAACUGUACUUGGAAAAAUCCCUUAUUUUGUCUGCCGAUCCCUUAGUUUUGAGGCUGCUGGUCCCUUAUUUUCAAAUCUGUAAGUUGACAGCUCUGGAUAUGAGCACCAAAUAUCUCACGGGAAAGGGAGAGAGCUUGUUUUCUGCAGCUCCUCCGGAGGGCAGGACUCGAAUCCGUGACUUCGACCGCCGGAAUUUGGAUGGGCGACCACGGGUUGAGAUUUUGGCAUGGCAGAGGGUUGGACUAGAUGACUUUAGGGGUCCCUUCCAACAAUUCUGUGAUUCUAGGAGCUUUUCCUCCCAGCCUCCCCCCUCUCAUUGCAGUCAGGCUCGAAGCACCCACAGAAAUCCACUUUUCAAGGUCAAGAGGCCACAUGACCCUAACGUGGUCUGAAGUUGACAACUGCUGCGCUUCCUCCCGGGAGAACCAGGUCAGGAUGCGGACAGCAGCGCACGCCAACUGGACCGUGGUAAGUUGGCCGUCGAGACCAGAAGCCAAGGAGAGGGUGUCUUUAAAUUUGGGUUCCGGGAUAGAGUAAUAAUAAUAUUAUAAUUAUUUAUACCCCUCCCAUUUGGUUGGGUUUUCCCAGCCACUCUGGGUGGCUCACAACGGAACCUUAAAAACAUCAGUCAUUAAAAACUUCCCUAAACAGGGCUGUCUUCCGAUGUCUUCUAAAAGUUGGAUAGUUGUUUAUUUCCUUGACAUCUGGUGGGAGGGUGCCACCACCGAGAAGGCCCUCUGCCUGGUUCCCUGUAACUUGGCUUCUUGCAAUGAGGGAACUGCCAGAAGGUCCUCGAGAGAUGGACCCCGGUGUCCGGGGUGGAGACGCUCCUUAAGGGAUACUGGGCCUUUUAGGGCUUUCAAGGUCAGCACCAAGAUUUUGAAUUGUGCCUGGAAAUGUCCUGGGAGCCAAUGUAGGUCAAUGUAGGGGUUAUAUAGUCUCCACUCCCAGUCCCCAGUCUAGCUGCCACAUUCUGGAUUAGUUGUUGUUUCCGGGUCACCUUCAAGGGAGUCCCACGGAGAGCGCAUGGCAGUAGUCCAAGCGGGAGAUAACCAGAGCAUGCACCACUCUGGCCAGACAGUCCGUGCGCAGGGAGGGUCUCAUUCUGCGUCCCAGAUGGAGCUGCCCUGGACACAGAACUGACCUGCGCCUCCAUGGACAGCUGCGAGUCCAAAAUGACUCCCAGGCUGAGCACCUGCUCCUUCUGGGGCACAGUUGCCCCAUUCAGGACCAGGGAGUCCCCCACACCUGCCCGCCUCCUGUCCCCCAAAACAAUAUUGCCCAAGGUAAGGAUGCAAGGGCCUCUCUCAGUCAGCAGAGCAGGAGGCUCCCAGUGCCAGAUUUACGUAUAAGCUAAACAAGCUCUAGCUUAGGGCCCCACUCUCUUGGGGGCCCCAAAAAUUAAAUGGAAAAAAACCUGGAUGUACAUAUAAAAUAUAAGAUAAAAAACAAAUGAAAUAAAACCUACAUCCAGCAACCGUGUUUCGUGUUGUGUCGGCUCCAAGGGUGUAAGUCAUGGGCCUCGCCUGCUCCCUCAAAUAUCCCUGGUUUGCUCCUUUCUAUAUAUAGGGUGCCAACAUUCUGCAUGGACUGGUUGCAGGGCAACAUGCGCAAAUGGCUUGAGAUACCUAUUCGCUCCAUCAAUGACCAUCUAGUACAGGCAUCCCCAAAUUCGGCCCUCCAGAUGUUUUGGGACUACAACUCCCAUCAUCCCUAGCUAACAGGACCAGUGGUCAGGGAUGAUGGGAACUGUAGUCCCAAAACAUCUGGAGGGCCGGGUUUGUGUAGGCCUGAUAUAACAUAUAUUCAACACAAAAAACAGCGAAAAUUUGUUGUGGACAAAGGACAGCUGGACAUAGAAAGGGCCCCGUUACCUUCAGGAGCUGAGGGCCACAUCAAACUUAAAUUUGGCCCUGCUCUCUGGUCAUGGGUUUGUGCCCCUCGUUGGGUGAAAGAUUCCUGCCCCGCAGCGGGUUGGGCUGGAUGACCUGGGGGUGCCCCUCCUUGCCCAACAAUUCUGCGAUUCCACGACCGGCGGCGGAGCUCUGAGGAAUCCGGAACUGGCAGCCUCGCUUAUGCCGCCCCCAAACAGCUGCUUGAAAUCUCCCUGUUAUGUAAAGGGCACAGGGCGCAAAGGGUGACGCAAACCCCCCUGGCCAGCUGUUCUGCAGCUGUUGCAAAAUAAACAGGGUGUGUGUGAGAGAGAGAGAAAUAAAUAACCCGGAUUUGCAAGCGUCCGAUGGCAGCCGGGGCUUCCGCAGAGCCAGGAUUACGGCGUCAAAUCUAACGGGAUCAGGGGGUUCCUAGCGGGAAUUUAAACGCAGACGCCCACAUAAGUCUUACAUAAGCUUCCGGCAUAUGAUGCAGAUAAUAGAAUCGUAGAGUCGGGGACCCCGGGGGGUCAUCCAGCCCAACCCGCUGCCGUGCAGGAAACUCAGAUCUGGGGGUGCCCCAGUCUUGGUGCGUAUUUAGGGUGGCGCUCGUCCUGUCCUGCGACUCGGGAGUCACAGCUCAGGGGUAGAAGCUGCAGAGACCUGAAACUAAGGAAUUGGUGAUGCUGGCAUAAUAAUAAUAAUAAUUUUUUAUUUAUACCCCACCCUUCCCAGUUUAAAAACUGGGCUCAGGGCAGCUAACAGCAAAUAUACAACACUGAUUAAAAUGCGGCAUAAAACAUCAUAUAACACAGCCUAAAUGCAGCAUCAAUGUCAAUAAAAUUCUAAAAUUCAGGGGUCAUUUGGGGGAGGGAUCCCAGUCAGUAGACAUCAAAUAAUCACUGGCCAAGUUGGUCCUGCUAGGGCCAGCAAGGAGACCAGGGAAGAGUUAAAUGUGGGGUCCCAGAAGGGUUUCUUCAUAGAAAAGGAAAGGGAAAAAGGAAUAGAGGAUAGGCUAAUUCAAACUGGAGGCCAGGCGGAAUAGCUCUGUCUUACAGGCCCACCAGGUCGGAGCCACCACUGAAAAAGUCCUGGCCCUGGGGAAGGAUAAUCUGGCUUCUUUAGGGACCUUUAAACUAUUAUUAUUAUUCAUGGGCCUUAGCCCUUCCUAUAAUUUCGAAGGAAAAGGUCACCAAUCCGGUUUAAAUUCUUUCCUUGCCAGCCAUUUCUUAGGAAACAGCAAGGAAUGUCUGUUCCUUGGUUGUGAAAGGAGCCGGACACUGUCUACUCAGAAGUCAUCGUUUGGAUGGGGGGCUUUUAUCUGUUUCCGCAGUCGCACAGUCAGUCCAUCAGUAGCUGAACUGGGUUCCGCACAGUCCCAAAAACAAGUAAACCGAAAAAGCCUCCAAAACGCAAAAUAAAUAGCAAUAACAAAAGCACCAAAUUUAUCCGAUCUGGAAGUCCGUUUGACUUCUGAAAUGUUCGGAAACCGAGGCACAGCUUCUGAUUGGUGCAAGCGCCCCAGAAAUAAUAGCUGACAGCCGCAGCGGACGUUUGGCUUCUAAAAAACGUUCGAAAACCGGAACACUCACUUCCGGGUUUGGGGCAUUUGGAAACCAAACUGUACUCAAUUUAUUCUACUCCUGCGAAUGUUUUAAUUUGCAGCCAUGAUCGUAUAUCGAAGCAAACAUCCACCGUCCUUUUCUAACUGUCUAUCCGUAAGUCCCAAAGCAGAGGAAGAGUUCUGGUUUCGGUGGAAAAUGCGUCAACUUGAAAUUCAGGAGAAACUUCCUGAUGGGGAGAAUAGGAUGUCUGUAUUUUCUUCGGAGAAAUAUUGGAGGGGGUGGACUGGGGGGGCAGCGGAGACCCCGCUUUUCCUGAGCUUCGUCUUGUCUCGAUUUUAGGGGAACUGCAAAACUCAGGAGCGGCACAAAGCCAAGGAGACCAUCGCAGGUAAGAUGUCGCUGGCAGGCAAUUUGGACUCGAGGAUGUUUCUUCGUUUUAUGUUUCUUUGUUUUCCUACGAAAUCGUUUUUAUUGGUUUUGCAAAUGCAAAGUUACAAAUAAACACCAACACAAAGUAGUAAAAACAAAUUUUACCAAAUCAGCCACAGAUUCACACAUAUGCAACACGGUUUUUCCAAAAACUGGUUCCCCGCACUCUGCUCUCAACGCGUCUAAGGUUUUUUUUAAUUGGUUUUACAAUUACAAAGUACAAAUAAACACAAACUAGUGAAAACAUAUCUGUCUAAAGAGAUUCUGCGAAUCUUGAGAUUUCCCCCCUUCCCCUCUGUGUGGUCCCAUUUUAAAUAUCUACAAUAGCAUCUUCAUCCGUAUCAAACCAUAUUGUCCAUAAUAAAUUUUACACUACAAGUGAGUCAAAAUCCUGCCAAUGUUUCCAUCUGCUUACAUUGGUCUCCUAGAUAAAUUAUAAUUUCCCCCCUUCUUUUGUAAAGUUUUUAUCCUCUCGGUUUCUGAUUUUUCUGGUCAGUUUUGCCAUUUCGGCAUUCGAUCUCUGGGAUCGAAUAAACAGCAAGGUGGUUUCCGUUUGCGGUUUGACUCCUAUCUCCGCCGCUUCCUCCAGUCAGGUGCCCCGUGGAAGGGAACGCUCCGUACGAAGUGCAGGUCCGAUAUCGGAUCUCCGGCCCCUACAGCGACUGGAGCGACUGGAGCCGGUCUGUCUUCGUUCCGUCUGGUGAGUUUGCUGCUUCACCCAGCUGUUAUAAGGGGGAAAACUGCUCCUUUUCCCUUAUGGGGUAUCCAAGAGCCCCUAUAGAGUCCAUAAGUGAGUUGCCUAUCAGUAGGAGGAAACCAAAGACAACACAAAAGGAAAGAGGGAUGAGAAGGGAAGAGGAAACCAAGCGAGCUCAGACUCCAAAACUUUUCAACUUGUAGAUUCUGCAAUCUCCAGAUGUAAUAUGCAAUGUGAGAAACGUGAGGCUGGACUAGGCGGAUCUUUGCAAUGAGCUAUUUAGGAAAUAGAGGACAUAUUUGCAUGUUCUUGUUAUAAGGGGAAAAAACUGCUCCUUUUCCCUUAUGGGGUAUCCAAGAGCCCCCAAUGCAGGGGUCAGCAAACUUUUUGAGCAGGGUGCCAGUCUACUGUCCCUGAGACCUUGUGGGGGGGCAGACUAUAUUUUUUGGGGGGGGGGUGAACGAAUUCCUAUGCCCCACAAAUAACCCAGAGACACAUUUUCAAUAAAAGCACACAUUCUACUCAUGUAAAAGCAUGCUGAUUCCCGGACCAUCCGCAGGCUGCAUUGAGAAGGGGAUUGGGCUGGAUCCGGCCCCUGGGCCUUAGUCUGCCUACCCAUGCCCUAUAGAGUCCUUGAAUCAAAAAUCAUUUUAAGUUAGAGCUCUGUAAUUAUUUCGCUGCUAAUAUACUUCUUAAUUGUAUUUCACUGUUAAGAGACUUCUCCUCUUCAACAAUGACUUUGAUAAAAUGCAUAUUUCGUGAUGUGCAAAUGGCUUGAGAUAUCUGUUAGGUCCAUCAAUGACCAUCUAGCAUCUAUUCAACACAAAAAAAAAAAACAAAGGCCAUUUGUUGUGGACAAAGGACAGCUGGACAUAGAAAGGGCCCCGUUACCUUCAGGAGCCGAGGGCCACAUCAAACCGAAAUCUGGCCCUGGGUAGCAGGGAGCCCAGAAGCACAUGGCGAUGCCAAUGAAAUGUGUUUUGCCCCUUCCAGAACUCCUCAAGAGCCCAGAACUCAGUUGCAGCACAGAGCCUCUUGGGGAAAACGGUCGGAGGAAGGUGACCCUGAAAUGGGAGGUAGGUAAAGGGGGCUGGCCACAUCUGAUCGCUGGUUCCCUGACCUCUUCCUCUUUUCCGGGCUAAACAUCCCCAGCUCCUUCAACCGUUCCUCAUAAGGCUUAGUUUCCAGACCCUUGAUCAUCUUGGUCGCCCCUCCUCUGCUCACCUUCCAGCUUCUCAGCAUCCUUCUUAAAUUGUGGUACCCAGAACUAGACACAGGAUUCCAGGUGGGGUCUGGCGGUUGGAGGAUGGAUGGCGGCUAAUAGAUGGAGAUUGAAUCCUGACAAGACAGAAGUCCUGUUUUUUGGGGGGGGGGACAGGGGGGGACUCCCUGGUCCUGAAUGGGGGCAACUGUGCUCUUUGAGUUCAGUCAGUCAACCGGCUACAAAUCCGCCGUUCAACUCACAUUUUGCCAGCUUCCCUGCAAGAAUUUCGUGGGGGAUUUUCAAGAUAUUCUAUACCCACAGGGUUCCCCUGAUCUGCCAAGCUUGUAACUCCAUCAAAAAAGAGAUUGUCUACACGUACUGGCAGCAAAAGCCAAUCUCAUGACAGCAGCAAGGAUGAAAAAAAUCAAAUAUCCUUUAUUAGGCAUAGCAAGCCACACAUGAUCAAGCAGACAUGGUGCAAAAUACGAGCUCAGCAUAGCGAGGUUUGUCCCAGUCAGAUCUUUAACUCCAGAGGAAAUCAAUUUGCAUAAACAAUACAACACUACCACAUCACCGAUCAAUUAAGAACCAUGAAAUCUCUUUAUAAUGGCCCAGUCUUUCUACAUGGACAGCACUCAAAAAUCCAGCCACUGUUAAAAUAAUUUGAUCGUUCCUGUCUGAAAGCAGCUGCUGAACCGUUGGUAGCGUAGAAUUCAGCCUACUGAGCUGUCAGGCCUCUAAUAAUUGUCUUCUGGCAUAAAUGCCAAAAUCGCAAGAAAAGAAAAUACUCUCCAAAGUAUCAGGUUCCUGUUUACUACGUUUGCAGAGACGCUCUGGUUCUGGGAGAGCGAAAUAUCUUCCUCUCACUAUCAGCGAGGGAAACAUAUUAAAUCCGGCUAACACAAACAGGUCCGUAUAGUUAAAGCCAUGGUUUCCCCAGUAGUGAUGUAUGGAAGUGAGAGCUGGACCACAAAGAAGGCAGAUCGCUGAAGAAUGGAUGCUUUUGAAUUCUGGCGCUGGAGGAGACUCUGGAGAGUCCCAUGGAUUGCAAGAAGAUCAGACCUCUCCAUUCUGAAGGAAAUCAGCCCUGAGUGCUCACUGGAAGGACAGAUCCUGAAGCUGAGGCUCCAAGACUUUGGCCACCUCAUGAGAAGAGAAGACUCCCUGGAGAAGACCCUGAUGUUGGGGGAAAUGGAGGGCGCAAGGAGAAGGAGACGACAGAGGAUGAGAUGGUGGGACGGACAGUGUUCUCGAAGCGACCAGCAUGAGUCUGACCAAACUGCAGGAGGCAGUGGAAGACAGGAGGGCCUGGCGUGCUCUGGUCCAGGGGGUCACGAAGAGGCGGACACCACUAAACAACUCAACAACAACAACAUAAACAGCCUCAGCAAGGAUGGAAACCUGCCUGUUUUUCAUCCUGCAUUUCUGGCCCGCCCCGCGGGGACGUUGUGGCAAAGGGAAUGUCUUGAGUUGCAAAAAUAUCUGGCCCAUAACCCUGACUUUCCUUUGUUGCAGAAGCCCAGCCGGGAACAAGGGGAGGUGAAAUACAACUUGACGUUUGCCCUGCUUCCCUGCCUCUGCCUGUACGAAUCGGUAAACAUAUCUGAGGCGAUAAACGUGACUUCCUUCCAAACCUUUCUGUCGGGGGCCGAGUACAACAUCUCCCUGCAAGCCAACAAUGGGGCCAGCCAGUCCCCGGCCUCCUUUUGCAGGCUCCCGGCGGAGCAAGACGCAGGUUUGUCCUUGAAAACCAGAGGGCUACUGUCUGCAGCACGCGAGGAGAAAGGAACAGGGAGGGAUGAGGAAGAAAGCAAACCCAGCUGCCCGUUCUUAAACCCCAAGGCGGGGCAUGGGGUAUCCCUAGAGGUGCCAAUCGCUCUUUGAAAAGCUGGUGCCACCGAUUCGAGUCCAUCAGUUUUGAAAAAAUGUGCAAUUAAUUAAUCGCCCCUUAUCGACACCAUUGUCUUGCUUUUAUUAUUAUCGAUUUUUAUUAGUAAUAAUAAUAAUAAUUUAUUAUUUAUACCCCGCCCAUUUGGCUGGGCUUCCCCAGCCACUCUGGGCGGCUUCCAACCAAAGAUUAAAAUACAGUGAUAAAUCAAAGAUUAAAAGCUUCCUUAAACAGGGCUGCCUUCAGAUGUCUUCUAAAAGUUUCUAGUAGGUUUUUAACAAGUUUACUUUACAUGCAAUAUAUCGUUCACUUAUAUUUUUUCUUUUUGGAUUUCCCACCUCUCUCGCACUGAUUUUUUUUGUCCUUUUCCUUAAUUGCUGUGUGUUCCUUGUUCCGUAACUCCAUCCUAACAUCAUUUCCGUUUUUCCUGCGCUGCUCGUAUCUCAGCUCGUCAUUAUCUUCAUUGCAAACAACAAUUCUGAAUAGUGUUUUUUUUUAAAUAGGGUAGGGGGGCUGGAGGUGGGUUUAUUGAGCGGGCAGCGACCCUGGAAAAAUUGGGAAGUUCUGAUCCAGUCUCCUGUUUUGUGCGGGUCGUUGUUGUCGCUUAACGAUUCGUAAUAUAAUUCUUAUCCGGAAUAAAACCAUUUCCCGCAGUGAACCCUUGCGUUCCCCUUUAAGGCAACGUCUGCUAAAAUGAAGGGAUCCCUGCAAGAACUUGCGCGGCGAUUGAAUCAGACAGCUGUCAAUCUUCGCUUCACGGCGGAUGGAAUUGCAGAGGCAAAAGCUUUGCUCGGCAAAACGGGGAUUGUGGGUGAUUGGCAGCUGACUCCGCCCGUGUUCCCAAACGUCCCAAAUGCCAGGGUUGCGGGAGGUCAGGAUCUGACCCGUGGCCACCCACCGCUGUCAUCCCUGACCAUUGGCACGACUUAGGGGCAUUCUGGCCAGCCGCAGUGAGAGCCAGUUCUUACAGAGCCUCCAGCUGAGGCGCAGUCUACCGCGAUUCCUAGGUUUCUAUCGGUUAUUUGGCCCCUGUGAGAGAGCAGGUUGCUGGUCUGACCCAGCUGCCGGCCUCUUCUUAAUUUCUUACAUCUUUACUGUUUUGCUUUCCUAUUCCGGGAACCAGACCCAGAGGGGAGAAUCGCCUCCCGUCGCCUGGUUCCUCUGCCCGUUUCUGACCCCGUCUCAAGGCUCCAUCCUCUCCCCCAUCUCUUUUAAAUCAGAACCAGUGAAGGUCCGGUGUGAGUGUCUGGAGGCAACUGAAGAAUGGGUGGCAAUUUAAUGGAUUGAGGUUGAAUCCUGACAAGACAGAAGUACUGCUUAUGGGGCACAGGGGGUGGGGGACUCCCUGGUCCUGAAUGGGGCGACUGUGCCCCUGAAGGACCAGGUGCGCAGCCUGGGGGUCAUUCUGGACUCACAGCUGUCCAUGGAGGCGCAGGUCAGUUCUGUGUCCAGGGCAGCUCCAUCUGGUACGCAGGAUGAGACCCUCCCUGCGCGCGGACUGUCUGGCCAGAGUGGUGCAUGCUCUGGUUAUCUCCCACUUGGACUACUGCCAUGCGCUCUCCAUGGGGCUUCCUUUGAAGGUGACCCAGAAACUACAACUAAUCCAGAAUGUGGCAGCCAGACUGGGGACUGGGAGUGGAGACCAUAUAACACCGGUCCUGAAAGGACCUACAUUGACUCCCAGCACGUUUCUGAGCACAAUUCAAAGUGUUGGUGCUGACCUUGAAAGCCCGAAACGGCCCAGUAGACCUGAAGGAGUGUCUCCACCCCGGACACCGGUGUCCCUCACCCGAGGGCCUUCUGGCGGUCCCCUGCCUGCGAGAAGCGAGGUUACAGGGAACCAGGCAGAGGGCCUUCUUGGUGGUGGCGCCCUCCCAUCAGAUGUCAAGGAAAUAAACAACUAUCUGACUUUUAGAAGACAUCUGAAGGCAGCCCUGUUUAGAGAAGCUUUUAAUGUUUGAUGUUUUAUCGUGUUUUUAAGGUUCUGUUGGGAGACGCCCAGAGUGGCUGGGGAAACCCAUCCAGAUAUGUGGGGUAUAAUUAUUAUUAUUAAUAUUAUUAUUAUUAUUCUGACCCCAGUAGGUCCCACCUUCCAGGAGGUCAUCCAGUCCGGCAAGAACUUCUCAGUGACGUGGGGGUCGAAGCACGAGGUCAUCUGCUUCGAAAAGGACCCGGGAAGGUCCUGCGAGGACGACGACAUCCAAGAGGUCAACGAGAUCAGCUGGUCAGGCAGGUUCUUUUCCAUGGGCCUCUGAUUUAUGUUUAUUUUUAAAAAAUAAGAAUAGAUAAACCACCACACAAACUCUCAAAACCACAAAUGGGUUUCAUCCGAUGUAAAAAUCGAUCUGAAUGAUGCUACAGGGGGAGUUGGAUGGAUGAGCAAAGAAGGGGAGAGAGGCUAGGUACGCCUUCCUUUUUCUUUAAUGGAGUUCCUGCUCCAUGCUUAGCAGACUAGUUGUUUAGCUGAAUCAAUAUCCUUUUUCAAAACCCUCUCAGCUGUUUAUAUAAAAUAUAAAAGCAAAUGUUGAAAUGGUCGCUGAAAAGGCAGGAGUUUAGAACAAGCAGAAAUCUGAACUACUUUUUAUUUUUUAAAGAAUAUAUACAUGCAACAAAAAACAAUUCAGAAUGCAAAUAUUGAGAUUACUCUGAACCUUCCGACUUCACCCCAUCCUUUCCAAGUGUCCUAAAUGAUAAUUUACAACUGCAUAUCAAUACUUUAUCCAAAUUUUUAUCCUUCUAAAUUAUCCGUUACUUUACAAGUAUGGUUAAAACCCUGCUAACGUUUCAACCUGCGGUCUCGUAAAUAAAUUAAUAAACUUUUCCCGUUCCCUCUUAAAAUUCUCGUCUUCUUGAUUUCUGAGCUUCCCGGUUAAUUUUGACACGGAAAGCUGAAUUUCUGAGCAAAGAGCAGCCCUUCAUAGCCACGCUCAGAUUAAAACGCAUGUCCGUUUCGCAUGUCUGGACAGGUGUGUCUAAAUGAAAAUAAAAAAGGGGUUCAAGCCUAAAAUAGGACAGUAUAAAAGUCCAGCCAGCCCCAGUUUUUCUUUUGCAAAGCUGUUUUGCAAAGAGCCGGAAUAAAUGUGUUUCAUAAGAUGAGCUGACUCCGUCAGAAGAUGUCAGCGUCAGGGAGAAAUUGAGGGGAACUGAUUCCCGGGAAACUCUGCAAAGGGAGUGCAGUGACCCUGAUGAGUCUGCUAAAUGGAGUAUUAUGGGAUGCUGCUCAUAGCUAGACCGGGCAGCUGUGGGGAUUAACAGAGUGCCAGCCUUGGGCUCUGAUUCUGCAGGACUGACUCCCCUAAAAUGGGAGCAUUUAGAGAUAUUAUUAUUAUUAUUACCAUGGUACCUUGGUUCUCAAACUUAAUCCAUUCCAAAACCAAAGCGUUCCAAAAGCAAAGCGCACUGCUUUCCCAUCGCAAGUCAUGCAAAACGGAUUAAUCCCUUCUAGACUUUUAAAAACAGCCAUUGAACGUGAAUUUUACUAUCCAGCGAGACCAUCGAUCCACAAAACGAAAGCAACAACCAAUGCACUGUAGUAUAAAAUAUAUAAGGCAGUAUUGUAGACGAUUAAAUUAAAAUGAAUGUUUUUUUCUUAGCUUCACUGAUGAUGGUCGUUGUUUGGAUGGGGGGCUUUUAUCCAUUUCCGCAGUCACACAAGGUUUUAGGCCCUUCAGAUAUUCUCCGAAUCCCUGACUGUGUCCUCCUUUUUCAGGGGUUCUGGAGUCCGACGUCUGCACCCGCCUGGCGGUCCAUGGAUGGGACCCGGACAAAGACGCCUGGUCAACACUGGGCCUCGUGCGCCUCUUCCACAGAAGCGGUGCGUCUAUCUGCUUUGCAUCAAGCUGUCACGGUCCAGUCUACGGGCAAUCAAAGUCUGCAUUUAUAGACAAUUUGUUCCUUCCCCUCACCCUCCAAAAUGCUUUAAGGGACCCCUGACCAUUAGGUCCAGUUGCGGACGACUCUGGGGUUGCGGCACUCAUCUCGCUUUAUUGGCCAAGGGAGCCGGCGUCCAGCUUCCGGGUCAUGUGGCCAGCAGGACUAAGCCGCUUCUGGCGAACCAGAGCAGCGCACAGAAACGCCGUUUACCUUCCCGCCGGAGUGGUCCCUAUUUAUCUACUUGCACCUUGACGUGCUUUCGAACUGCUAGGUUGGCAGGAGCAGGGACCGAGCAACGGGAGCUCACCCCGUCGUGGGGAUUCGAACCGCCGACCUUCUGAUCAGCAAGUCCUAGGCUCUGUGGUUUAACCCACAGCGCCAACCGCAUCCCUGACCAAAAUGCUUUACUGAUGUUAAAAAGAUACGACAGACCAAUGUAUAUACAAUCAAAACAGAAAUACGAAAAGAAAAUCACGUUAUCCGUUCCCAGCGACUUCCCGCCACGCCAGCCUGUAUUUACUGCUUGUUUUAUUUGGCGUAUUCUCUUUGCAAUCCCCAUUAAUAUCCCCUCUUUUAAUUACCCGUUGUAUCACAGCAGUCAUGUGAGUCCUGCCCGCUGACUUUAUGUCGGUACAAUAACCUUUUCAACAUUUUUUUAUACAUAUCCCAUUUUCGAAGAAACGUUCAUUCGGUAUUACCUCCCAACUUGCCUUUCCGCCAGCUCUGUGAACUCCAACAAUUUGUUCCUGUGUCGGCGAGUUUGUAGAAGUCUUCGACGCAAUCGUAGAAGGGGAGCCCCAUAGAUAUUUCCCCAGUUCAUCAGAAUCGGUCUUUUGGCCAUGGUCGGGGCGUGGAGAGCCCAUGGGGAAUUAUUGUAUUUUAUUAUUUUGUUAAAGCAAUGACAAACCUAGACAACAUCUUCAAAAGCAGAGACAUCACCUUACCAACAAAGGUCUAUAUAGUAAAAGCUAUGGUUUUCCCAGUAGUGAUGUAUGGAAGUGAGAGCUGGACCAUAAAGAAGGCUGAUCACCGAAGAAUGGAUGCUUUUGAAUUCUGGUACUGGAGGAGACUCUUGAGAGUCCCAUGGACUGCAAGAAGAUCCAACCUCUCCAUUCUGAAGGAAAUCAGCCCUGAGUGCUCACUGGAAGGACAGAUCCUGAAGCUGAGGCUCCAAGACUUUGGCCACCUCAGGAGAAGAGAAGACUCCCAGGAAAAGACCCUGAUGAUGGGAAAGAUGGAAGGCACAAGGAGAAGGGGAGACAGAGGACGAGAUGGUGGGACAGUGUUCUGGAAGUGACCAGCAUGAGUUUGACCCAACUGUGGAAGACAAGAGUGCCUGGCAUGCUCUGGUCCAGGGGGUCACGAAGAGGCGGACACGACUAAACGACUAAACAACAACAACAAAUAUUUUGUUGGAAGCUGCCUAGAGUGGCUGGGGAAACCCAGCCAGAUGGGCGGGGUAUAAAUAAUAAAUUAUUAUUAGUAUUAUUAUUAGUAUUAGUAUUGUCCUUUUGUAAGAGGUUCCAUGUACUGGGAUCCUGCCCUCUUUAUCCCACCCUCCCCUGAGUCCCUCUUCCCUCUUUCCCUCUUUUUAGAGCCUUCCGAAGAUCCCUUGCGCCUGGAUGUGGCCAUGCCAACGCCCACCUCCGCCGACAUCCGCUGGCACCCCCCUGCCCUCCUUGCUAGCUGCCCCGGCGCGUUCCAGAAAUACAUCCUCUGCUGGCACGACGAGCGAGGCGAGGAGAUAGCCAGUGAGUUUGGUCGCGGCGGGAGACCCGGGUGUGAAACGCGUCCAGUGCGCAUGGAGUGCCACCGAGCCGCGAGAUGGGGGGUCCCCAAAGGGGGCAAAGGGGGCAGGUUAAGAGGCAAAGGGGUGCCAUCUGUCAUGGGUACUUCGAUUCCUGCAUUGCAGCGGGUUGGGCUGGAUGACCCCAUGGGGUCCCUUCCGACUCUCCAGCGUAUAAACCGGACUUUGGAUCAAGUUCACCUGUUUGGUCGCACCGAUUACACCAUAUCGUUUUAACUGGGGUUGUUUUUGUUGUUGUUGUUAAGUAAUUUUUAUUACUUCCCAAUUACAAAUACCCAAUAUGCGCCAUAUUAUAUUAGCCAAUUCAAAUACAUAGCCAAUUCUAAAUUUUGUGCUCUGCUACCCUUUAAUUCAGCCUCCAGACUGUUGCAAAAAACCAAAUACAUUCUCAAUAGAAUCACUUAUAUCGCAGCUACAAUAAUUAACUUCAAUUCGCAUUGAGACGUAUAAACAUUUGUAAAUCCGCAAGUGAAGUUCUCCUAUCUUCUUCCUGGGUGAGGCUUUGAUUUCCGUCAAUUGCUCCUUUAAUUCUUUAUCAAAUACAGUGGUCCCUUGGUUCUCAAACGCCUUGGGACUCGAACAACUUGGAACCCAAACACUACAGAACCGGAAGUAUGGUAAGUGUUCCAGUUUGAGACCUAUUUUCGGAAGCCGAACGUGCUCCGUUUUGAGUGUUACGCUGAGGUCUGUUUUUGCUAUUUAUUUUGCGUUUUUUGUUUUUGCGGCUCCUUUUUCCAACCGAUAUUAGCAUUUUUUGUAUAUUAUAACCUUCAGUUUUGGUUGAAUCUCUUUUCAGUUUAUUGUACUGUUGACUUCCUAUUCCCACUUAAACCAUUAUUUUCAUUUUCUCCCCGUAGCUUACGAGGUCAGCACCUCCGAGACUCGCUUCACCAUCUCAGACCUGCAGCCCAACACCACUUACCGGGUCGGAGUCGAGGUUUUGACCGCCGGGAGCGACGGCCGCUGCCAAAACCUCGUCGCCUUUCGAACCCGCCCCGCAGGUACGGCGCGUCUCUGCAACCCCCCUGUGAAAUGUCUCCUCUUUGGGUGCUGGCGGUAGAAGUUCCUCUUCUUCUUCCUCUUCUUCCUCCUUCUCCUUCCUGUUCUUCCUCCCCUAACUCUAAUCUCAAGGCCAAGGGUUCAAGCAACAGAGGGUUGGGCUAGAUGACCGCAUGGGGUCCCUUCCUAGGAUUUUGUGUUUUUUAAUAAUUCUUUCUCUGCCAGAUUCCAAGAAGACGACUCUGACGCUCAGCCUCCUCCUUCUGGGUCUCGUCGGAGGGGUCCUAGUUGCCGCCAGCGCCGUCCACAUUUGCAAAAAGAGGUGGGGGUGUAGGAAUAGCUCGAAAAAUACAUGGGGGGCCUUUGCUGGCAAGAUAGACGCUGCAUGCAUUUUUCCCCAGUUUCCAAAUCUCCCCAAAUCAGGGGUGCUUAAAAGCUGCGCCGCAAUUUCAAAAAUUUUUAUUUUAGUUAAUGAAAUCUGGCUUUGCUUGGUAAUCUGUAGUGCUUUUUUGCUUAAAAAAAAUAAUGUUAAGGGGUCCUCUCACUUUGAAAAAUCACCGUUUUAUAGUUCAAAUCAGGGGGGGAAAUACAUACAGCAAAUGGACAAAAAGGCAAAGAUUCGCAAAAUGUUUAGGGGUAUGCGGACCCACCAGGAAAAAAGGCACUGGUAAGAUCUGAGCGAAAUCACUCCAAAAUCAGGAAAAACAACAAUGUUGCGGUAAUGUUAAUAUUUGCCGUUCUUAUUAUUCAGCCUUUGCAGAAAUCAAAAUCCUGGGGUUUUCCCCUACAGCGGUUUUUGUGCUUCUUCGCCAGGCAAGAGACAUACCAAGCCCCCAAAAUAAAAGCAGAUUUGAAUCCCUCACACCCCUAAAAGCAUAUUUCUAAGACGCCUCGCUGAAGGAAUUUGCCAAAAAAAUAAUAAUCUCACCCCCUAAAACGACACCCCCUGGCGCUGCUGUUCCUAAGCCCUGGGGGUGGCACCACCUCUGCAUAUAGGCAAACCUGCCUGUUUCGACUUUGCUGUUAACCUGUGGAACGCCCUGCCACAAGGGGCCGCCAACCUUGGAUGGCUUCGAAAGAGGACCGGGCCAAUUCAUGGAGGAGGGAAAGGCUAGGGAUUGCUAUUAUAGCCAGGAGGGCUGUGUGUUCUCCUCCUCCUCCGUCGGAGGCAGUAAACGCUUCCGGAUCCUAGUCGCCGGAAAAGGGAGAGCGUCGCUCCGGUGUUCGAAUCCUGCAUGCCGGUUUCCCAAAAACACUUUCCCCUAAAAACGGGUCCCCUUUGGUUAUUCUUACGUCCUGAUGGAGCCUCCAGCUCCAGGCAAAGUCUAUCUGGACGCAGAGCUCCGCUUUCCUGCAAUAGGCAAAAUCUCUUUCCUCCUUCUUCCCUCUCCUGCCACAGGGUGAAGGAAGUUCUGUGCCCGCCCUUGCCAGACCCGGCCGACACGGAAGCCGUCAAGAUCCUCGCCGGAUCCUCGCCGGGGCAGGUGAGUCUCUGUGAAAUGGGCGCAAUCAGUCGUCGCUCCGGGUUCAAACGGCAUCUCUGGAAUGGGCAGGAGAGCUCUUGAUGGCUGAGGCUCUCUCUCUCUGCCCUGUGGGGUGAGACACCCGCCUGGGUCAGGAGAGCCUUUUUGGCUCCGGAGAGGGGACACGGGUGCGAGAAACAGCUGUGGGCAGUGGCAGGGGGGUGCGAUCGCCCUGAGUAUCAUGCCUAGCAGGGGUGACAAAAUCCCCCCAGGCGGAUCGGCGUGGUGGCGCUUGCAACCCUCAGCGGGUGAAUUUUCACGAUUGGCACGAUCGUCGUCAUGAAAAUCCGUCCGCUGGUUGGGCAAAUCCGCCCGGCGAUCAGCUUGGCACCCACCCACCGGCAGGUGGUUUUUGCACCCCCUCGGCGGGUGACGCUUGCAUCCCUGGCACGCAGUUUUACGCGGCUGGCGCGAUCGCCGUCGUGAAAAUCUGCCCGCCGAUCGCACAAUUUGCAUGAACGCCGGCUGGAUUUGCACGUAUAUUUUUCGCGGCCGAAAAAGAAAAUCUCAGUAACUCUGGUCAACAUUCCCGAAAAUUGCAAUGUGUGUGUGGGGGGGGGUGACAAAAAAGAAUUCGCACCCGGUACCCCUGAGCUUGCUACGCCUCUGGGCAUGGGUGCAAUUUACGGCCGGCUCACCCCGAACCCCACACUUCUUCUUCUCCCUAGCUGCACCCACGGCGAAGCUUCGUUCAGCCCCUGGAGUCCAGCAGCCCCACGGAACCCCUCAUUCUCGAACGCAGGUCUCCGUCCAAAGAGGACCCGGCCGUUGGCACCGCGGCGGACUUUCCGGCCCUCGCCAACCCCGCCGAAGAGACCCUCUUGCCCAAGGAGGACCAGCCGGGCUCGGGGGACCUCCUGCCCUCCGAGUACAAGAGCCAGGGCUUCCUGAGCCCCAUGGAGGACGAGCGGCAAGGCAGGGGGGCUGGACGUCUGCAAUGAGGCGGGCGCCGCCGGCCGCUCGCUGGCACCCCCGAAAUGGGGCGGUCAAUGCCACCAGCGGCUCUCUGGGGCAAGAUGGCAUUAGGGGGCAGAGGGAAGGGGCUGUUCUUCGUCGGUUCUCAUGCCCCCCAUGUCCAGGGGGGCAGGAAACGAGGGAAGCGCUUUGGGGAAGGUUUGCGCCCAGCAGGAAAGGAAGAGGCCGAGGCAAAGUGGUCGGAAUCGAGGAUUUUGAGUCAGUAAUAAAUGUUGGAAAUGUAAAGAAAAAGAGGGAACAUUUUAUCACAUGUGGUGGGAAUGUAAAAAAGGUGAAAUACUUCUGGGAGACGAUAUAGAAUGAGAUGAAAAAAAUGUUGAAAUAUACAUUUAUAAAGAAACCAGAAGCAUUUUUACUGGGUAUUUUUGGGAGCGAUAUAAAUAGAAAGGAAUGUAAGCUCUUUUUAUAUGCAAUAACAGCAGCAAGAAUAUUACUGGCCCAAAAAUGGAAGCAAGAAGAAUUGAAGAAUGGAGGGUGAUAUUAAUGGACUAUGCAGAACUGGAUAAACUAACAGGAAGGAUUCGAAACCGGCGGGACCAGAAAUUCACGGAAGACUGGAGUAAAUUUACGGACUAUUUGAAAAGUAUUUGUGAAGAGCAGACGACGUUUGUAGGUUUGCAAGAAGUUUUGUGAGGAGUAUUAUUGGAAGGAUCGCAAAAAUGGACAAGGGGGAGGAUGAUUUGUUAAGAGAUGUAAAGGCAAUAUAAAGUUAAGAAAUGCAUAAGAAGUGGUUAAAACGGUGGAUCAUCAGAGGUGCUGAUGGAAGUCCAAAAAGAUUGUAUAAGUGAUAAGUUUUGUGGUACAUUUUAUAAAAUUUAUAUGUUAAAAUCAAUAAAAAUUAUU